AUGGAACAGGUAUGGUUACUGCUCCUGCUGACAGCUAAAGUGCUUUCGGUGACUGCUCAGUUCAAUGGAUACAACUGUGAUGCUAACCUCCAUAGCAGGUUUCCUGCUGAACGAGAUAUCAAUGUUUUCUGUGGAGUACAGACAAUUACUAUGAAGAUAAAUUUUUGCACAGUUCUCUUUUCCGGUUAUUCUGAAACAGAUUUGGCACUGAAUGGGAAACAUGGGGAUGCUCACUGCAGGGGGUUCAUCAAUAACAACACCUUUCCAGCAGUGGUCAUUUUCAUCAUCAAUCUGAGUACUUUGGAAUCCUGCGGAAAUACUUUAGUGGUAUCAUCAGCUCGAGGUGUCAAUGCCUAUGGGAAUAUCUCAGUGGUACAGAUAGGUAAUGUUUCAGGCUAUAUAGAUACGCCAGACCCACCAACGAUUAUCAGCUACUUACCUGGGCUUCUGUACAAAUUUAGCUGUAGCUAUCCACUGGAGUACCUGGUUAACAACACCCAGCUAGCUUCGUCAUCAGCUGCUAUUUCCGUGAGAGAGAACAAUGGUACAUUUAUCAGCACUUUGAAUUUGUUGCUUUACAAUGAUUCAACCUACAGCCAGCAACUCCUUAUCCCAAGUGCGGGUUUACCUUUGAAAACCAAAAUAUAUGCAGCUGUGAGAGCAACUAACCUUGAUGGCAGGUGGAAUGUUUUGAUGGACUACUGCUACACCACUCCGUCUGGUAAUCCUAGUGAUGAUCUCCGAUAUGAUCUUUUCUUCAGCUGUGACAAGGACCCACAGACAACUAUAAUUGAAAAUGGGAAGAGCCAAAUGGGCCGUUUUUCCUUCGAGGUGUUCCGCUUUGUGAAGCACAAGAACCAGAAGAUGUCUACGGUCUUCCUUCACUGUGUGACAAAGCUGUGCAGAGCAGAUGACUGUCCCUUUCUUGUGCCAAUUUGCAGUCACAGAGAAAGAAGAGAUGCAGAUGCUGGCAUGAGAACAACUGGGAGCCCUCAGAGCACCUCUGGCAAUGCUGUAAUCUCUGCUGGCCCCAUCAUUACAAGGAGCGAUGAGACACCAACCAACAAUUCGGAGCUUGCUCAUCCAAAUGGACCUCCUUUCCAGCUGAAUUCAGUAACCAGCACACUGAUUUCAGGUGUGGUCAUCCUAGGGAUCACAAGCAUUUUCUUUUUCAUAUGUUCCUUAACUCUUCUGCGCCAAAAGUGGCCCAACACCUCAGUUUUGACUGGCAUCCGAAACCCAGUUUUCAACUGAAAGUGAUGAUUUACUUGCACUUUUUCUUUGGGGUUGCCUUUCUUGUCCAUGAAAUAUA